CGGGAGCGGCGCUCCGCCCGCGGGGCCGGGCCGGGCCGGGGCGGUGGGAGCCGAGGACAAAGGUGGCGGUACGGGAGCGGUGCCCCAAAGCCCCCCGGCCCCAUCCGGCCCCGGAUCCAGCGCCCUCACGGCCGCCACGGCCACGCGCGUGUCCUUGGUGCUGGUGACCGCCGCGGACCGGAGGUAGAGUCCAGGGCGCGGAGCCAUGAAGCUGAACGAGCGGAGCUUGGCCUUCUACGCCACCUGCGACUCCCCGGCCGACAACGCCGGCUUCCUCUACAAGCGCGGCGAGCGGCACACGACCUAUCACCGCCGCUGGUUCGUGCUCAAGGGCAACAUGCUCUUCUACUUCGAGGAGCGGGACAGCCGGGAGCCCGUGGGCGUCAUUGUGCUGGAGGGAUGCAACGUGGAGCUCUGCGAGUCGGCCGAGAGCUUCGCCUUCGCCAUCCGCUUCGGCGGCACCAAGUCCCGCACCUACAUGUUGGCGGCGGAGAGCCAGGCUGCCAUGGAGUCGUGGGUGAAGUCGCUGUCCCGAGCAAGCUUCGACUACAUGCGGCUGGUGGUGCGGGAGCUGGAGAAGCAGCUGCAGGAGAUGAGCCAGGGGCUGGCCGGAGGAUGUGGGGGCUCCCGGGAGCCUCCCGGGCCCUGGAAGCCGAAGCCGUCGGGGCUGGAGCAGCCCCGGGAGCGGCUGCCGGCUCUGCCCGCCGUCCCACCGAAGGAGAACGGCUGCGCGGUGUGGAACAACGCCUCGGGGGCGGACAGGCUGCCUGACACCUCUGGCCGUGGCGGGCACGAUGAGGACGGGAGCCCGCGGCCGCCGCCGCUGCCGCCGCGCAGGCGGGUGUCGAACGGCGAGGCGGCGAGCGCCGGGGCGGCUGUGGCGCAGGGCCCGUCCACCUUCUGCCGCCUCCACGAGCAGUACAGCCGGGAGGUGGCCCGGCUGCGGCAGGACUGGCAGCAGAGGCGGCGUGGCCCCCGGCCCUGAGCGGUGGCUGAGCCCUGGGAACCUGGCAGGAGCUGGGGCAGGGUGGAGGUGGUCAUGCUCGGUGCUGGCGCCAUGCCCUGCUCACCAUGUGCAGACCUGGCUGUGGUGGUGAUGGACAUCUCCUGGUGGUGCCAACGAGCACCGAGGGGCACCAGUGCUGCUCUGUGAUGGAGAAAUGGGCACUACAUGGCCCUCCUGCCAUGCCCCCAUGUGGGUGUGGGGUGCUCCACUCAGCAAACUACAAACCCCUCACUGACUGAGGCCUCCUGGGAAUCGACCGCUGUUCAGGCUCUGCUGGGGCCUCUUGAUGCUCUUACAGUGGGAUCACACAUUGACAACUCCCAGAGGAGGAUUUUGGUGCCCUCACCCACCUGAGGGCUCGUGUUCCACAAUGGAGAGCGUGCUACCAACUUCCCCUCCCGGCCCGGCACAAGGCUGAGGUCGGUGGAGCUCUGCCAGAUCCCUCUGCUCCAGCAGGAUGUGGUUUGAAAUGAAAAUAUCAGCGAGUGCAGCCCUUCCUUAACUGCAGCACAGCUCCGCACGCUCUGGGGAGCUGGUGACACCCAGCCCCUGGCAUUCCACAGGGAGCAAUUGCUGCUUGCAGCCUGGGUGGCAAAUAUGGGGCAGGGGGUGUCAGGCCCUGGGGGAAUUCGGCAGCUGCGGGCACUGCCUUGCUGGUGGAUAUUUUGGGACAGCACAUCAUCCCCGUGCCAGCUCACUAAGGGGAAGCAUCGCUCGUGGUGGCAAAUGGGAACGUGUGUGUCAGCAGCAGAGUGUGAGGAAUGAUUCAUGUGCCAAACCAGAGCGAAGCUGGUGUUUCAUGCCUGUGUUUCUCUCUUACUUACACAACAGACACUCAAGCUGCUGGCCCAGAGGUGGGGUGACCCACCCUGGAGCAAGGGGCAGCAGUCAGGGUGCCCUGGCUUAGGGCUGGGUGGCUCCAGUUCCCUUUGCUCCCUUGGGACAGGCACAGGAUUUUUCUACAAUAAAAGUUGUUUCAGAA